GGGAUGAGUAAGGAGCCCAGAGGCAGGGGGUACAGCCGGGGAAGAGGCUUCCAGGGGUGGCGAGGAGGAUGGCGAGGAGGAUGGCGAGGAAGAGGACAAAGUACCGAGUGGAAAAGCAAGGUUGAACCCGCAAAAUCUGGAUUAGUUCAGUCAACGUUGGACCGGUUUAUUCCAUAUAAAGGCUGGAAGCUUUAUUUCUCCGAAGCUUAUGCUGACAAGUCUCCUUUUGUCCUGAAGACUCAAGCUUUUGAAAAGUUUUUCAUGCAACGCAUUGAGCUGUACAACAAGGAUGAAAUAGAGAGAAAGGGAAGUAUCCUUGUGGAUUAUAAGGAACUGGUAGAAGACCGAGAACUAGCUAAAUCAAUACCAAAUAUAUCUGCUGAAUUAAGGGAUAUGCCUCAGAAAAUACUGCAGUGCAUGGGUUUGGCAAUUCAUCAGGUGUUAACAAAGGACCUUGAAAGGCAUGCUGCUGAGCUGCAGGUGGAAGAAGGAUUACCGCUUAAUGGAGAGCCUAUAAUAAAUGUGCCACACAUUCAUGCCAGGGUGUACAACUAUGAUCCGCUAACUCAGCUGAAAAACGUUCGGGCCAACUGCUAUGGGAAAUACAUUGCCUUGCGUGGUACUGUUGUGCGUGUCAGUAACAUUAAACCUCUCUGCACUAAGCUAGCCUUUGUAUGUGGCACGUGUGGAGACGUUCAGGGUGUUCCUCUACCUGAUGGAAAAUAUACUCUUCCAACUAAGUGCCUUGUUCCUGAGUGCCGUGGCCGGUCAUUCGCAGCAGACAGAAGCUCUCCUUUAACCACUACAGUGGACUGGCAGUCUGUUAAGGUGCAGGAGCUCAUGUCAGAUGAUCAGCGAGAAGCAGGUCGAAUCCCUCGCACAAUAGAAUGUGAACUGGUUCAAGACCUUGUGGACAGUUGCGUCCCAGGAGAUAUGGUCACAAUUACAGGGAUAGUUAAGGUGUCAAGCACCGAGGAAGGAGCUUCUAAAAAUAAGAAUGACAAGUGUGUGUUCCUGUUGUACAUUGAGGCAAAUUCUGUCAGCAACAGUAAAGGACAGAAAACAAAGAAUUUCGAUGAUGAGACUUUUCAAAAAGCAUUCAUGGAAUUUUCUCUUAAAGACCUUUAUGCUGUUCAAGAAAUUCAAGCUGAGGAAAAUCUGUUCAGGCUCAUUGUGAACUCUCUCUGUCCUGCUAUCUAUGGCCAUGAGAUUGUAAAGGCAGGUUUGGCACUGGCAUUGUUUGGAGGAUGUCAGAAGUUUGUAGAUGACAAGAACAGAAUCCCAGUGCGAGGAGAUCCGCAUGUUCUGGUUGUUGGAGAUCCAGGAUUAGGAAAAAGUCAAAUGUUGCAAGCAGUGUGUAACGUUGCUCCUCGAGGUGUGUAUGUUUGUGGUAAUACUUCCACCAGCUCUGGCCUGACUGUUACACUGUCUAGAGACGGUGCUUCUGGAGAUUUUGCCUUGGAAGCUGGUGCUUUAGUGCUUGGAGAUCAAGGGAUUUGUGGAAUAGAUGAAUUUGAUAAGAUGGGAAGCCAGCACCAGGCUUUGUUGGAAGCCAUGGAGCAGCAAAGCAUCAGCCUUGCCAAGGCUGGCAUUGUUUGCAGCUUGCCUGCCAGGACGUCUAUCGUUGCUGCAGCAAACCCUGUUGGAGGACACUAUAACAAAGCCAAAACGGUGUCUGAGAACUUGAAAAUGGGGAGUGCUUUACUGUCGAGAUUUGACUUGGUUUUUAUUUUGCUGGACACUCCCAAUGAAGACCAUGAUCACUUGCUGUCUGAGCAUGUGAUGGCAAUCAGAGCUGGAAAGCAGGCAGCAUGCAGCAGCGCUGUUGUGACUCGUACCAGCACGCAGGAUCCCUCUGUUCUUGAAGUUGUUUCAGAUCGACCACUGCUUGAGAGACUAAAGAUUUCACCAGGAGAAAGCUUCGAUGCCAUUCCGCACCAGCUGCUGAGGAAGUAUGUGGGAUAUGCUCGGCAGUAUGUUCACCCAAAUUUAUCUCCAGAAGCUGCUGAGGUCCUCCAGGCAUUCUACCUUGAGCUCCGGAAACAGAAGCAAGGAGCAGACAGCACACCAAUCACCACAAGGCAGCUAGAGUCACUGAUUCGACUUACAGAGGCACGAUCAAGGCUGGAAUUAAGGGAGAAAUGUACCAAGGAAGAUGCUGAGGAUGUAAUAGAAAUAAUGAAAUACAGUAUGCUAGGAACGUAUUCAGAUGAGUUUGGAAAACUGGACUUUGAACGCUCACAGCAUGGAUCUGGGAUGAGUAAUCGGUCACAAGCGAAAAGAUUUGUUUCUGCCCUUAACAACAUUGCAGAAAGAACCUACAACAAUCUCUUUGAAUUACAACAGCUUCGACAGAUUGCAAAAGAAUUACAAAUACGAGUAUCCGAUUUUGAAAGCUUUAUCGGAUCUCUAAAUGAUCAGGGUUACCUGUUGAAAAAAGGUUCAAGAGUUUAUCAGCUUCAAACGCUGUGAAAAGAGCUACCAUGAUAAAUUUCUUGGCACAUAGUCAUAAUAUCUGAAAUGGCCUGAUGGACACGCAGCAAUAAAAUGCACUGAAUUGCAGCCUACACAGUAUUUGAUGCUCUGCCAGCACUGUUGCUUGCUGUGGUGUGAGAUUUCCUUUCAGCAACUAGUGAGGCCAGAGGUUUGCUUACAAUUGCUGUAGGACAAACUGAUCCCAUGGUAUACUGCUGCUUGACUCAUCCCAAAGGUCUGCUAGCCCAAAUGAGAAUGUGUAGCACGUACUUCAUCAUCCUUGAGUAGUGGAAAAUGUAUUUUACACUCAGUUCAUUGCAGCACAGUAAGAGAUUUUUCUGCCAAACUUAAAGUGAUAUUGGAGUUACCAAUUUAAAAAUAAGAACUCUUUCAUGAGAAGACAAUGUGAGUUGCUUUUUAGCAAUUAGUUCCCCUGAAGAAUCUAAAGUAUAGAAAUGUUUCCAAAAAAACUGGGAACCUUCAUGUUGUGACAAUGCAGUCUUAUAGCUGUAAUAAGUGACACAUUAUUGAAAUUGUAUUUAAAUACAGAGCUGCAAAACAGAAAACUAUAGUUUUUUUUAUAGUUGGGAUUUUAUUUAAAAUGCUAGUUUAAUUUGAGAGAACUCAUUAUUGCAAUAUUUAGUGUACAACAAGUUGGAUUUUGUGUACCUUUUUCAUUAAACUGAGACGUCUGCGAUUGUUUCAAAAACAUUAUACAGUAAUAGUGAAUGCUAGUGUGGAUAUUAACAGCUAUUACAAGAUAUUUAACAUGAACAUACUGUGCUUAUUUUCAUUUAGUUCUGUUACUGCUGCAGAAUCAUGUUCUGCAAGAAUAAACUGUUGUGUGUGUCCUGAUUUUUUUUUUUAAGUGAAGUCAGGAUCAUCCUCUAGUGCAGUAAAGUGGCAAAUGAAAAGCCUUCAGUAUACGUAUUAAACUUUUUCAUGAAUGUGUUGCAUGACUCCUGUUUUCUUUCUGUUAUUUCUAGAGUGUAAGAAAAUAACUGAAGCUACACUACUUCUGCCUUUUCAUUAAUUCACUUAGAUCUGAGCUAAAGCAUGGUUUCUCAGCAAUUUGUGUAUGAGAAUGUGACAUCUACAUGUUUCAAAGAACACGUUAACUAUUCAGCACUGCCUCAGCGUCAAUCUACUUCAGGAUACCUGAAGUUGCAAACUAGUUGGAAGGGUGAAAUACUUCAGGCAAAUUCUGUGUAUUAACUCUGAAGUGGCAAGCAGUUUGCUCCUUCCAAGUUGUGUAUGCUCAUUAAAAUAGCCAUUAAUCACAGUUAACUGUAAUGUCCUGAAGUAGUGUACCUCUCUAAGCCUGAAUGGGCACACAGUUGCAGAAGGCCUUUGACUGACAUGUGCCUAAAUGGAGUUUUAAUAUCAACCUUUAGAAAUCGGGGCAG